AUGGUGCAAGCGGGAGCUGGGCUUUCCUGCAAAGCGAGGCUUGAGGACAUGACCAACCUGGAGGAAGGGGUGGAGUUCCUCCCUGCCAUGAACUCCAAGAAGAUGGAGAAGCGUGGGCCAAAGCGGCGGGUGGUCGUCACCGUCAUGAUCAUUGUUUUCCUGCUUGUCUCCAUUGUCACCGGCCUCCUGGUUUGGCACUUCAAAUACAGGAACGUGCCCGUCCAGAAGGUUUUCAAUGGCCACUUGCGGGUUCUCAACUGGGACUUCCUCGAUGCUUACGAGAACUCCAGCUCGCCGGAGUUCCUUGUGCUGGCCAAGAAGGUGAAGAGCACGGUAGAGGACAUCUACAGGGAUCAUCCAGACAUUGGCCCUUACCACAAAGAGACAGUGAUAACUGCGUUCAGCGAAGGCAGCGUCAUUGCCUACUACUGGUCAGAGUUCGUCGUCCCCAAGUACCGGGAGGAGAGUCUGGACAAGGCGAUGGCGGACAAACAGAGCUUGGUUCAGAAGUGGAACCCCCGCCUGCGGAACCCCACGCUGAAGGUGGAGUCGGUCGUCGCUUUCCCUGCCGACCCCAGCAUCGCUAACUCUGCUCGGGACAAUAGCUGUGUGUUUGCCCUCCACGCCAAGGAAGGGGAGAUCACCAGUUUCACCACGCCGGGCUUCCCCAACAGCCCGUACCCCAACAACGCGCUCUGCUACUGGACGCUGAGGGCAGACGCCAACUCCAUCAUCAGCCUGACCUUCAGGACGCUGGAGCUGGAGCAGUGCACCGAUGACAGCGACUACAUCAAGGUGUACAACUCUCUGAGUCCUGUGGAGCCCCACGCUUUGGUCCGGCUCUGUGGGAGUUACGCCCCUUCCUACAACCUGACCUUCCUCUCCUCCCAGAACGUCAUGCUUGUCACAUUGGUUACCAACAAGGAGGGGAGAUUCCCCGGCUUUAAGGCUGAGUUCUUCCAGCUCCCGAAGAUGAAAGCCUGCGGUGGGGCUCUGAGAGGAGAGAGCGGCACUUUUACGACUCCCUAUUACCCGGCACACUACCCCCCGGUCACGGACUGUGUCUGGAACAUAGAGGUUCCCUCUAAAAACAACGUGAAAGUGCGGUUCAACAUGUUCUUCGUGCUGGAGCCCGGGAUCCCAGUCAGCUCCUGCACCAAGGACUACGUCCAGAUCAACGGCACGAGGUACUGCGGGGAGCGUUCCCAGUUUGUGGUGGCCAGUACCAACAACAAAAUAGAGGUGCGCUUCCACUCAGACCAGUCCUACACCGACACCGGCUUCUCCGCUGAGUACCUGUCCUACGACUCCAGCGAUCCUUGCCCUGGCAAGUUUACCUGCAACACCGGCCGCUGCAUCGACAGGAGCAUGCGCUGCGACGGGUGGCUGGACUGUGUGGAUGGCAGCGACGAGAGAGCCUGCACCUGUACCGAGCAGCAGUUCAGGUGCCAGAACGGCUGGUGCAAGCCCAAAUUCUGGGUCUGCGACAACGUGAACGACUGCGGCGACAACAGCGACGAGCUGCAGUGCAGCUGUGCCGCCGACAGCUUCAAAUGCGACAACGGGAGGUGCAUCCCCAACACCCAGAAAUGUGACGGCAAGGACAACUGCGGGGACGGGAGCGACGAGGGCAGCUGCAGCACGGUCCACACAACAGUCCCCUGCAAGGAUUACACCUACAAAUGCCGCAGCGGGAGCUGCAUCAGCAAGCAGAACCCCGAGUGUGACGGGGAGCAGGACUGCGAGGACAAUUCGGACGAGGACAACUGCAAAGGGCCGGGGCAGGUCAGCCUCCACGCCAAGGGCCAAGGCCACACCUGCGGGGCGUCGCUGAUCUCCGAGAGCUGGCUGGUGUCCGCCGCGCAUUGCUUCCUGCAGAUGCAGGGCAUCAGGUACUCGGACCCCAGCCUGUGGACAGCUUACCUGGGUCUGACCAACCAGGGCAACCGCAAUGGCGCCAACGUGCAAACGCGGAAAAUCAAGCGCAUCAUCUCCCACCCCUACUUCAACGACUACACCUACGACUACGACAUUGCCGUGAUGGAGCUGCAGACCCCCGUCACCUUCUCCUCCGUCGUCCAGCCCAUCUGCCUGCCCGAUGCCACCCACAACUUCCCCGUGGGCAAGGACCUGUGGGUGACCGGCUGGGGAGCGACCUCGGAAGGAGGCAGCGGAGCCUCCAUCUUGCAGAAAGCAGAAAUCCGGAUCAUCAACCAGACGGUGUGCAACCAGCUGCUGACCGACCAGCUGACGCCGCGCAUGAUGUGCGUGGGGAUCCUGACGGGCGGCGUGGACGCCUGCCAGGGAGACUCUGGUGGGCCCCUGGUCAGUGUGGAGGCCAGCAGCCGCAUGUUCCUGGCUGGCAUCGUGAGCUGGGGUGAUGGCUGCGCACAGAGGAACAAGCCCGGGGUGUACAGCCGCGUCACGAGCCUGCGCGCCUGGAUCAAACAGCAGACAGGGCUCUAG